CGAAGUCCUAUUUUCCCACGCGUCUACAAAUACGUGGUAUCGAAGAAAAAUCAUAACGACCUACCUACAAGAAAUUGACUUAAACAACAAACCCAUAUCUCACUCCCAAUCUCUCUCUCACCCUUUCCCUUGCCUAUAAGCCCCAUUGAACUUGGGCACUUUUUCGACGUUUCCUUUCAGAGAGCCCUCAUACCUCUAGGCUCUAUCCUGCUAAUUCAGCACAGCAUAGCUGCACAGGGUGUCAAAAUCCUGCAAAAAUGGUUGAUGAUGUGAUUCCAAGAAAAUAAAUCCAAACAUGAGAGACGUUAGCUUUCUUGUGUUAAAGUCGUAACUUCUCUCAACAUUUUGGGAGUGAGAAUCAGAUGAUGCAAAAUUUAAUUUUGCUUGGACAAAGAAAUGUGGAUAGGAGAUAAAUGAGUUAAAAUGCACAAUUUUUCUGGUGAUGAUGGGCAAAAUCAACUAUGAUGAAAUGAGAGGUUGUCUGAAAGAGGGCCUUAAAGCGUUGGUGCAAUGUCUUCUAGUAACAGUACUUUGCAGGGGUAUGAUGAUAAUGGAGUUCAGAAACAAAGCACUGGCUUCGUAAGCAGGAGUAAAAUUGAAACACAACUUUCUCCAAGGCAUUUCAAAGGGGAUGUCAAUUUUAGCCAUCUUCAAGACCAAGAGACUAUGGAACUUUAUUCGCGAGCCAGAGCGCAGGAAGAGGAGAUCCAAUUUCUUCACAAACAAAUUGCUAUAGCACAUGUUAAGGAAAUGCAGCUAUUGAAUGAGAAGUAUGUGCUAGAGAGGAACCUUUCUGACUUACGAAUGGCAAUUGAUGAGAAACAAAAUGAAGCCAUUUCUUCUUCCUUAAAUGAGUUGGUUCAAAGAAAAGGCGAUCUUGAGCAAAGUUUGAAAUUGGCUCAUGAUUUGAAGGCUACAGAAGAUGAGAGAUAUAUCUUCGUGUCUUCCAUGCUUGGGUUAUUGGCUGAAUAUGGUAUCUGGCCUCGUGUUAUAAAUGCCUCUGUGAUAUCCAAUACGAUAAAGGUGUUGUAUGAUCAACUGCACUGGAAGAUUAGAAAUUCACAUGGUCAGCAACCAACUGGGGAAAUAUCAAGAUCAAUGCAGUAUAAUGAUCUUCCUGAUAUGAAAAACUUGAUGCUUAAUGUUGACAUGCCACAGUUAAUCAAUAAUGACAAUGUUCAGGAGUUCUCAUCCAAUACUGAUAGGGUGAUGCCUGGCUCUCUAUCUCGUACGUCUGCUGUUGAAAGUGAUCUCAAGGUCAAAGCAGGAAAAAUGACCGAUGCCACCUCAUUUCAGCAUACCACCAAGCAUAAUGACUCUGAUUCUGAAGAGGGCCCUGGCAUAGAGGGUUUUCAGAUCAUUGGUGAUGCUAUACCAGGAGGCAAGCUUCUUGGAUGUGGAUAUCCUGUACGUGGGAAUUCUUUGUGUAUUUUUCAGUGGGUUCGUCAUCUUCAGGAUGGCACCAGACAGUACAUUGAAGGAGCCACAAAUCCAGAAUAUGUUGUUACAGCUGAUGAUGUUGAUAAACUGAUUGCUGUUGAGUGCAUACCAAUGGAUGACAAAGGCCGUCAGGGGGAUCUAGUGAAGCUUUUUGCAAAUGAUCAGAACAAAAUAAAAUGUGACCCAGAAAUGCAGUCGGAGAUUGACACACAUAUUGCUAGAGGACAAGCGGCGUUUAGUGUUCUAUUGCUGGUGGAUACUUCUGAGAAUUGGGAACCAACAACUCUAUCAUUGAAACGAUCAAGCUAUCAAAUUAAGAUCAAUAGCACAGAAGCGGUGGUGAUUGCAGAGAAGUUUUCAAAGGAUCUGUCGAUACAAAUUCCUAGUGGGCUUUCAACUCAAUUUGUUUUGACAUGUUCUGAUGGAUCUUCUCGUCCUUUUAGCACAUACAAUGUUCGAAUGCGUGAUACUCUUGUAUUGACCAUGAGAAUGUUCCAGAGCAAGGCACUGGAUGAAAAAAAGAAAGGAAGAGCCUAGAAUCAUGUGUUCCAAGUACGUUGUCCAUAGGAAUUGUUUAAAUUGGUGAAAAGAAACAAUAAAUCCAAAUAAUGUGUCAUGACAAAAGAAUGUCAGUUUUCUUAUUUCCAUUGUACUCGAGAUUCUGAUUGUAUUAAAAGUUAAAUUAUGAAGCAAUGUAGCAGUUAACUUUCCAUAUGGAUAAACUUUGUGAUUAAUACAAUGUGUCUAUUCUCUUUGAAUCA